AUGGAGGAAAUUACUAAAACCAGAUUCAGAUUUACCGACGAAUUUGAUCUGCAUUUGGCCAGAGAAAUUUUUGGUCAGAAUCCAUAUGAAGACCAAAGAAGAUGGUGUCUUAUUCAAGUGAAUAUGCUUCAGAUUACUGGCAAAUCAAUAUCUGUUCGCACCCUAAAAGACAGAAUCCAGAAUCUGAUCAAGAAACAUGUAUCAAAAACUAAGUUAACCGAGGGACAAUCAGGCAUUGAAGAAUCUGUUACAGAACUAGAUGAUCUAAUCCAACAAAUCAUUGAACUAAUUAAAGAGUUCAAAAACCAGAAGAAACCUAACGAAACUGUACAUGAUGGCUCCAAAGUUACAGAGGCAGUUAAAUCUAGUUUCCAGCUUGGUUUUGAAGCCAGGGAAAUAUCAGUUUCACACAUGCAAAAAGGCAAUACCGACACCAGUAUUGAAGAUGUAGGUGAAAACAUAGAAAUUGACAGUGCAAGUGUGGCAGACGAUGUUGAAUAUCAGCCACAACUGAAUAGUACUGCUGAUGUGGGAAAUGAUGCCAAAAAGGGCAAACUCCCUAGAAAGAGAUCAUUAGCUCAGGCAAAUAUUUUAUCACCUUCAGUCCGUAAACGUACGUCUACAAACAUAAGGGAGUCUACUGUACAGUAUUUAUCAAAAAAAAAUGAUAGGCAGGUAGAACUAAGAAGUAGGGAACUGGCUCUUGCAGAAAGAAGACAAACAUUGGAAGAAAGAAAAUUCCAACUAGAAACUGAAGAAAGAAGGAAGAAAAUGGAGUUGGAAGAACGUAGACUAGUAAUAGAUGAAAAACGGCUAAAUGUCCAAUUAGAAGUUUUUAAAAAUCAGCAGGAACUAAUGAAAAUUAUUUUAGAUAGAUUUUCUUAAGCUAAAUAAAUUAUUGCUAUUGUAUAUUUUUAUUUAAUUAGGAACAGGUAGGGUAGGUUCUCACAAAUUAUUAUAAACUUCAUAAAAUGAAUAUAUUUU